GUGGUGGCGUCAGGGUGUCCGUGCCCAUGGGCUGCGGAACGUUGUCGACAGUGUCACCAGGUCCUUCGUCUAGCCCACGUCCGGUGCGUGUGUGGACGGCAUACCCGUUGUACAGAGACGCCUCCGACUACACGUCGUCGCAAGGCCUUCGACAGGACGUCCUCGUCCACCGUGGUGACGAUGGUCGCCUUCCAGUGGGAAGGCCAGAUUCAGCAUUCGAAGCCACGUCGGUCGCAUUUGACUUGCCCGAUGUGCGGGCGCUGUAUCCGCUUAGGGUUACGAGGACUGCACUGGAAAACGAGAAGGUGAUACGAAGUCUUCCAGUCACCGAGCUCUUCGUGGACUCGCACUUUCCUCCUGUGGACUCCUCUCUCUACACGUAUAGGCGACCAGUUCAAGGCAGGGUGACAUGGAUGAGACCUCACGAGCUGGUGUCCGAACCAAAGUUAUUAGUCGAUGACGUCAGUCGAAACGACAUCGUGCAAGGCUCCCUCGGAGAUUGCUGGUUUCUCUCGUCUUGCGCAGCAGUUGCUCAACGGCCAGAUCUCAUGCACAGGGUUAUUCCGCCAGAACAAGAACUGUACGGAGCUGGCUAUAACGGAGCUGUUCGCUUCAACCUAUGGCGGUUUGGUCGAUGGGUCGUGGUGUACGUCGAUGACCUUCUGCCGACGAACGACGAAAAGCUGAUCUACUCACGCUGCACGGACCCUAAGGAGUUCUGGGUAGCCCUUCUAGAGAAAGCGUAUGCGAAACUUCAUGGCAGCUACGAAGCGUUAGAAGGAGGACAAGCGAUGGACGCCAUGGUAGACUUGACGAGCGGCCUUGCUGAACGGUAUGAUCUCCAGGAUUCUCCGCCGCAUCUGUUCUCGUUCCUGCUGCAGGCAUCGCAGCACAGUGCCUUCAUCACGUGCUCAAGAAAGGGAGACUGGUGGCUGGCUACAGCAGCCGACCCAAAUGGCCUCGUAUCCGGACACGCGUACACCGUGAGUGCCGUGAAACGGAUAAAGCUCAUCAACGGACAAGGUGCUCGGCUUCUGCGUAUUCGUAACCCUUGGGGAAACGGCAUUGAGUGGAUGGGAGACUGGAACGCCUCGGAUCCAGCGUGGUCAUUGGUCGACAAUGCGACGAAAAAGGAGAUCGAAUGGCAGAAGCACGGAGACGGAGAGUUCUGGAUGAAGUACGAAGACUUCUGCGUAGAGUUUGAAGAAGUGUCCAUUUGUACCUUGGGCCCUGACUUUGAUGGUGACGGUAUUCCGGAAACACCUGGAGAGAUGCGUGCUAUACGAGGCGUCUGGAAUGAAGGCAGAAACUCCGGGGGAUCGAGGAACAACUUGCGAAUGUUCGCAACAAAUCCGCAAUAUAUCCUCUCCAUAAAAGUUCCUACUUUCGCAAAGGGCAGUCCUCAGGAUGACGUUACUGUAAGCGUCGUGGUGGCUCUGAUGCAGGUACACCCUCCCAAUAACAAUCUGAUAGCGCGAAAUCGGCUCCGGAUGUACCAGAUUGGCUUCGUAAUCUAUCAGGCGGACGACACUUAUAAGCGACUUCCUUUGGAACACUUCAUGAAGAACAUGGAUGUCGCGAACUCCGGGGCGUACAUAAACUACAGGGAAGUGUUUGGCCGCUACGAACUCCGACCGGGUCAUUACGUCAUAAUUCCGGCUACGUUUGACCCCGGCUGUCCAGGAUCUUUCAUGAUCCGUGUUUAUGCCGACUGCUCCUUUCAACUAAGAGAGCUGUGCUGAAUAUGCUGCUGCCAUUGGUGAUUGAUGAUCAGCCUUGACUACAAUACUGCCUUCACCUUGUACGGACCGGCGCACUCUGCGAAUGCUGGCGCACGGUCAUUGUAUCAAACAAAUCAAGAUGGAAUGCAAGAGACGGUGUGACACAGACUGCUUACUCGCUGAAAAGAAACUCU